ACGUCCCAUCUGUCAAUCGUAACAGCAUACUUCCUGAACGCGUAGAAACGCUCUUGCUGGAAGGGUGAAAUAAUUUCAAGUAUGAUCGCAUUAUGCCGCAAAAAUUAGUGAAUUCAAUGUUCGAGCAACAGAAAAGCGUUAGACAGAUGAUCCAUUUGCGUGGAAGGGAAAGUUCCCCGCAUUAUGUGUUUUUACAUUCGGAUGACGAAAGUAGCACGGAUGAGGAAAACAUCUCUCUACAAACUAUCAAACGACCUACGUCAUUACGUCGAAAAAUUCAGGUGAUCAACGUGCAAAUAAAACCUGAGGAUACAUUGCAGGCAUUGGCUCUUCGAUAUAGAUGUACAAUAUCUGAAUUGAAAAGAAUUAAUAAAAUUGACAAAGAGAAUGAAAUAUAUGCGAAGCCUUAUAUUAAGGUUCCCGUACAACCAUUCUCUAUUUUAACCGAGGCGUCACCUGAAAACAGUCAAGACGAUAAUGCUGUUGUUAUAUCUCAGCAAUGUCAGAAGGAAACACCUGUGAGAACAGAAGAGCAAUUGAUAGACUUGGGCGCCACAUCGAUGAGCAUGGAGUCUUCGAACACAGAAAUCAAUACAAUCAUACUGAAUUCAGUAUGUGAACCUUUAUCCUCCUACAACAGUGCCAAUAUCCCUGAAAAUUUUCACACAGAGCACGAUAUGUUGCUUAGCGAUAAUACUGAAAAUGCAGAGGCAGCUGAAUCCUGUGAAACAGACAUCUUCAAAUGUUCUGGCGAUAAUUGGGGACUGUCCUGGAUGCAACUGCUUGUUUUCUCGUUACUAUUAAGUUUCGCAGGACCCAUUAUAUAUAUACUUUAUAUAGCAGAGUAUUCAGUCAAAACGAAUAUAACCGUAAGUAAUUGAUAUUUCAAAAUGCACUUUGUGCAAAGAUAUACAUUAGGAUAGAAAGUUGGGAUAAGAAUAUAUAUUUUGCAUAUAGAUAUUCAUUACUUCUAAGUUGAAUAACUGAAUUUGUAUGCAAUUUUCUAAUAUUAUAGAAAUAUUCUCUUAUAUAUUAUAUAUUAUAGAUUUUAAAAAAGUUUGCUGACAUUUUACUAAUAGUUAAAAUCUCUUCACAAAGCUUGUAUAGUUUUAUAUUUAUCUAUAUAAAAAAAAAUAUUUUCUUAUCCUAUUUUUGUAUUGUAAUGGUUCAAAUUCUCAAAACUGUCUUUUGUAUUGAGUGAGAUCUUUUUAUUAAAGCUAUAAUUAACGAAAUUGAUAAAACUUUAAUAUAAUAAUAUAAUAGAUUGAAAUGUUAGAAUAUACUUUUCAUCUAGGAAAAUUAUUGUGCCGUACCAAAUGUAAUUGUGAUACAUUUUUGACAAAAUGUGGAGUUGAUAUAAAUAUGAUUGGAUAUUGUUAAUGAAACAUAUAGGAAAUAUCUAGACAAAUAAGUGCCUUUAUAUCUCAAAUUCUAUUGUUAAUCUAAAUACUACAAAAUAAAUCUGUUAUAUUUUUGUAAUGGAAAUAUUUAAAUUAUUGAAUACUGUAGAUUAAUUCAGUGAUAUUAAUAGUUACAUAUUACAUAAUAUAUAGCUACAUAUUACAUAUAUUAUAUAGAAUAUUUUUUUCUGUAACCAAUUAUAAUAGACAUUAUCUCUCUCACUACAAUCUUAACACAAAUACAUCAUAUUAAUAUUUUCUCUAAAAUAAAAUAUUUUUACAAUUUAUGACAAUAA